CCAUCGUAAUUGAUACAAUGUUGCUUAUUUAUAUAAUUUUUUUGUUAUGUCUUGCACUGCCCUUUUCUUCCUACUAGCUCCUUACAUGUUCAAGGGUUGUAGCAACAUAGUAGCAUAAAAGUUCUAUUAAAAAAAAAUGGCCAAUGUGGUGGAAGUUAAGGUUGGUUUGCAUUGUGAUGAGUGUAUAAAGAAAAUUCUCAAGGCCAUUAAGAAGAUUGAAGAUAUCGAGACAUAUAACGUCGACAAACAAUUGAGCAAGGUCAUCGUUACAGGCAACGUCACCACUGAAGAAGUGAUUGGUGUUCUUCAUAAGAUUGGCAAGAAUGCAACUGCAUGGGAAAAUGUUCAAUGUUGAAAUCACAAUUCUAAUAUAAGCAACAUAAGAAACAUAUAGAAAAAUUAUACCGAAAAACUCUUUGAUAGAUGAUUUAUCAUGAACUAAUAGUUAAAAAUUUAUGUAGAAUCACGUAUAACUUGAAGUUCUAUCAUUUAUGUAUAAUUUGUAGAGGCAUUACUAUAUAUCUAAUCAAUUUUGUAAUGUUAUUCUUUGAAUAAAACACAUAUGAUAGGGUGGUUGUCAAUAGUAUAAAAUGAGAAUUAUAUCAACAUUUCAUUAGA